AUGAGUGGAGCCGAUUCUAUACCAAACAUUUCUUCUGCAAACAAUACACCUACGUUAUCACACCAACAAUAUAAGUUAUAUCAACAACAGCAACAUCAACAACAUCAACAACUUUAUCAACAACAUCAUCAUCACCAUUACCAACAACAAAUGACUGGUGGUGGACUCAAACGUGUACAUCACUCGGUCGAGGAAGACGACGAGAAUGGAGUGUUGAUCCUUUCAAAGAUUGCCACACCAACUACCUCUUCACCAACAACAAAUUCCUCUUCUAUUAACGACCUUCAUAAUAAUUACAAUAACAAUAACAACAACUAUAAUAGAGGUCAUUUAAAUACAAUCAAAAUUCCAACUUUGAAUAUUUUAAAUACUACUACAACAACAACAAAUACAAAUUCAGCACCAUCUUCAUCACCUACAACUCCUCAUAACUAUCAUCUUCACCAGAUUCAACAACAUAGUCUUCAACCUCAACAACAUCCAAUUAAAAAUAUUAUAUCCUAUAAGAAUUAUGAUCAUAAACAACUGUUAAAUAACAACAAUAAUAACUAUAGUUAUAAUCCAUUUAAUGAAUCACCAAGUUUAUUACUUCGUCCAAGUACAAAGAGUGAUGAUGAGAUUCCAAUUUUCAGUGGUCAUUCAAUUGGACUUUCUUCACCCAGUAAAUUACAACUUUCGCCAGCUGGCUCACCCAAACAAGAUUCACUGAGAACCACACCCUCUGGUUCCUCUGUGAAUAGCUCACCAUUCUUGUCGCCACGCGGCGACCUCAACGGAAUGGAUAGCUACGGCGACGACCCCAACUCAUUCCCAAGCUCGCCAGGCUCACCAAACUCUGAUUCCGAAGACCAAUCGAACUCGCCAACCUUUGGUCCACGCUCACUCGCCUGCACCAAACACAGCAAGUGGAAGAAGCGUUGUCCAGACACCUGUGUUGGCCGUGUAUCGCCAGUCGAGUUCCCAACCACCACUCGCAAACUCUGGUCUCAGGAGGAGUGCUGUCAACUCUUGGAGAUGGUUUUCCAGAAGGAUCCACAGUCGGUCACCUCCAAGGAGAGUGAACAGCGCUGGCGUGCUAUUGCCAACGCACUGGGGAGAACAGUCACCUCGACCCGUAAGAAAUACAUGCGUUUGAUGAACAAGUGGUCGCCACGUCCAAUGACAUCGUCGGUGCAUCCCAUCUCCAAAUUGAUCGAAUCCAACGAGAAGAAACGUAAGGGUGGAUUCGAACAGUCCUCAUCGUUCCCAUCGCCACUCAAAGAGCAAAAGAUCAUCCAUCCAACACCAGUAAUGAUUGGACAUCCAAACUCAUCUCCACCUCAUGAAAAUCAACAACAACAACAACAACAUCAACAACCAAUCCCAAUACAUUAUCAAUCAACACCAUAUAAUCAUCAACGUAAUAACAACAACAACAAUAAUAACAAUAACAAUAAUAAUCAAUAUUUAGCAUCGAUUGAUCUUAGCCAAUUAUCACAUCUUCAAUCAACCCCACAUCAACAUAUACAACAACAUCAACUACAAAAUCAACAUAUUCAUCAACAAAUUCACCAACAACAUCAACAACAACAACAUCAACAAAUUCAACAACAACAAUCAAAUAAUAAUAAUAAUAAAACCAGUCAAUAUUACUUUACACCACAACAACAACAUAAAAUGAACACAGUAUUCCAAAGUGACCCAGCCAAUAGUUCUUUCCGUGCGAUUGGACAAGAUGUAAAUUCAAACAACAAAACUACCACCACAACAACCACAAUCAAUCUCACACCAGUUUCACAAAUCCAACCCAAAUUUAAAAAGCCGAUAGGUCGUCCACCCGAAGCAUGUGAGCAACAUCGUAGUGAACACCAAAAAUGUCCAAAGGGAUGUCCUUUCCGUCCGAAUUUAGCAAUUCAGUCAAACCAUUAA